AUGAGCACGGAUCUGGAUCGCAUGUCGCUGAGUUCCUCGGCGAACUCCGUGGCGUCCAGUGCCCGCUCGCUGUCAGUCAACGUCAAAAAGCUGCACAAUGCGCUUAACCUGCUGCUCAACGACUUCGAGCGGGAACAGUUCAUCCACUGUCUUAAUGUGUAUCACUCCAAGCGCAAUGUCUAUGACCUGGUCCAGACGCUCAAAGUCAUCCUUAACGCCCCCAGCAAACGUCAACUGCUACCCAUGUUAAGGCUGGUCAUCCCACGCUCGGACCAGCUUUUGUUUGACCAGUACACCUCGGAGGGUCUUUACUUAAAAUCGGAUUUAGCUGCGAUCUACCCAUCUCAGUCGGCGCUACGCGGGUCCCCAGAUACCGCCAGCACCAGCAGCGACGGGGGCACCACUCUGGUGCCGCUGCUCGGAAGUCGAUUCCUGCAUGAACCCCCAGGAGAGCUCCGACAGGUGACCCUCAAGCGGCACAAGAGCAACGAGGGUUUAGGUUUCAGCAUCCGUGGAGGCUCCGAACAUGGUGUCGGGAUCUAUGUAUCACUUGUGGAACCUGGUUCCCUCGCCGAGAAAGAGGGCUUGAGGGUCGGCGAUCAGAUCAUGAAAGUUAACGACAAAGUAUUCGAAAAUUUGACUCACGCUGAGGCUGUAAAGGUUCUAAAGGGAAGUAAAAAGCUGUGCAUGUCGGUACGCUCGGUGGGGCGGAUCCCUGGCGGCUACGUGACCAAUCACGUGUACACGUGGGUGGACCCUCAGGGGCGCAGCGUGUCGCCCCCUCCGGACUUGAUGGAGCAUCGCAGUGCCACCCUGCGCCGCGGGGACAGCCAGAGACGCAGCCACAUGCAGCUGCUGCAGGAGGGGGACGAGAAGAAGGUGAACCUAGUUCUGGACGAUGGCCGCUCUCUGGGGCUGAUGAUCCGUGGAGGGGCCGAGUACGCUCUCGGCAUCUACAUCACGGGAGUGGACCGGGGGUCUGCCGCCGAGUUUGGGGGACUGAAGGUGGGCGACCAGAUCCUGGAGGUGAACGGCCGCAGCUUCCUCAACAUCCCGCACGACGAGGCGGUGCGCGUGCUCAAGUCCUCGCGCCACCUGAUGAUGACCGUCAAGGACGUGGGCCGCCUGCCGCACGCCCGCACCGUGGUGGGCGAGACCAAGUGGAUCAGCAGCUCGCAGAUCAGCGACAGCUCCACCAGUGGCAGCGUGGCGGGACUGUCUCUGGAUCAAGGGGCGUCGGCAUCGGGGAAGGCCAUCGGGGCUGUCAGGGUGCAGAAGACUCAGGGCAUGAGCUUCACCUCGGGCCGGGAUCCAGAGGCCCAGGCCCGCGCCACCGAUAGCGGGCCCCCGUCGAGCGUGAAGGCCCUGACCUUGAGCUCCGGCGCGGAGAGCUAUGACUUUGAAGUGUGGUCUUUGAUUAAGGACCUAAUUAUUUUGAAGAAGCUGUAUUGUUGGAGAUACAGAAGGCUGCCGGGGUCGGGGUUUUAUAAGGGCGUGGCCGGCUCUCAGGUGACCCUGUCCAGCCUGGUGAACCAGAGCAGGGCCAUGCUGGAGGAGCAGGCUCGCCACCUGCUGACCGAGCCUGAGAGGCAGACCAUGGGCUACUACCUGGAGGAGUACCGGGACGGACACAUCGGCGUGGAGCAGCUGGUCAUGGCCCUGUUUGAGCUGCUCAACACCCACGCCAAGUUCUCGUUGCUGUCGGAGGUGCGAGGCCUGGUGUCUCCCCAGGACUUGGAGCACUUUGAUGGGAUGGUGCUGCGCCGCGAGAUCGAGGCUUUGAAGGCCCGGCAGGGUGGACCCGGAGCGGCCGCCCUCCAGCCGGACACCUACUCCAUGGUGUCGUAUCCGGACACGCUGGCAUCCUCGUCGGCCAGCUUUGCGACUAACACCACACUCAGCUCAGCAAGGAAUGACAGCACAGUGGAGCAGAGUAACGGAGAGGAGCCCCCGGAGAGUGUCAGUGCGCUGCUGCCGGACGUCUCCCUGGACGAGGUGCAGUCCAGGCCCGACUCUCCCCCCUCCUUCAAACCUCCCCCGCCCACAGGGGUCCAGAGGAGGCCGAGCCGGAGGGAGCCGGCCACCAAGCGGCCCUCCUCCGAGUCCUCCCACUCCGGCCUGUACUUCACCGCCCCCUCCUCCUCCUCCUCCUCCUCCUCGUCCGCCCUGGCCUCCCACCGCUCGGCCGCUAAAGACCACAGGCGCCCGCCCCCGCACAAAUCCACCUCCACCUCCGCAAACCACCCCAAGAAGGGGGUCCCGGUCACCCAGCUGUCCAUGGUCGGUCAGCACAGCAUCGGCCCGUUCCCGCGCGUCCAGUCCCCUCCGCCUCUCCCGGCCCCCUCCGCCCCUCCGCCCUCCGCCUCCCCAGACAAGGCCUCCCCCUCCUCCCCCGGCAACAACCAGCACUUUGUGAUGGUGGAGGUGCACCGGCCCAACGGUGAACCCGACGUCAACGAGGUGCGACCGCUGCCACAAGCCCGAGGUGCUACUCUCUCACAGCUGUCAGACAGUGGUCAGACUCUAAGCGAGGACAGCGGCGUGGACAUUGCUGAGUCGGGGCGCCUCAGCAAGGAGAGCAGCCCCCGCCCCGCCCGGACUCGCGCCCCCAGGGACGGCACGGGGGGUGCAGGGGAGGCCCCGCCAAAACCGCCGGGUCUGCUGGAGCCCACAUCCACUCUAGUGAGGGUGGCAAAGUCGGCCAGCACACUAGGCAUCGCCAUAGAGGGGGGCGCCAACACACGCCAGCCUCUGCCACGCAUUGUCACUAUACAGAGGGGAGGUUCGGCUCAUAACUGUGGUCAGCUGAAAGUGGGCCAGGUGAUCCUGGAGGUGAACGGUGUGACGCUACGGGGCCGGGAGCAUCGAGAAGCUGCGCGGAUCAUCGCCGAGGCUUUCAAGACCAAAGACAGAGACCACGUGGACUUCCUGGUCACAGAGUUCAACGUGGCGCUUUAGGGGUCACUGGCCUCACUCCGUCUUCACCCACAUCCAGUCUGUAUGUCCAGUGGAAUGACGCCAAGGUCACAGGGUCAAAGGGUCAGAGGUCAAAGAUGGAGCGAGGUGG